UAGGCAAGGGAGACUGGCUGGCACAGACCUUGUCUUCUUAAUGGCACAUCACCUUGCUCUUUGUUUUCCAGACUGGCUCUUCUCCCAGGUGAUUGCCUGUAUGGGAAACUGAUUUGGCCUGUUUGGCUAAAUCCAGCAUCUGGCAGCCCAUUUUAAUACUCCAAGCCUUGAUUAAACUCCAGUACCCACUAGACCCAGGAAUUUAGGGGAGGAUCUGACACCAAUAAAUUUAGGGGAAUCAAGGCACCCACAAACUCCUAACAAUAUAUUCAAAUAUUUAGUUUCAUAUUCAAUAUGAUGGAGUCAUAUCCACUCUAGUCUGAGAUUCGUAUGAAUAGCAUAUUUAGUUUUAUUUAUGAAAUUAAAUACAUUGGAACUCUCAGCCAAACCAUUCAUUGCAUUCAAUGUCUGACACAUUUAAUGUAUAUGUUGCUUUUUAAAUAGCAAUUUCAGGGGCAAUUUGGACAUGGUGCAUUUAUUUAUUUAACAUAAUUUCUAUAUUAUUUAAUUGUAAUAAGCCUCUAAGUAGCGUAAAUAAAAUGCGGGGCCCUUCUACACUGUGAUUCUGAUGAAAAUUGCCCCACAGAGCACAAAGUUGCUAUUUGCUGUGGGAGCUAUAUUGCUGUUAGUGCCAGUAGCAAUUUAUAUCCCAUGGCAAAUGGCAGUUUCGUAGUGGGUUGUUUUCAUUGAUAGCACAGCAUGGGGCUGGAAGAGGAACGGAUAGCCGCAUGUGUUGCAUUCUUGAUCCUGACAUGGUUCCCCUCCCCCAAAUUGUGCAUAAGGCUCAUUGGCUAUUUUAAACGCCAGUAUGUUCCUUUAGGUAUUUUGUUAGAUUUGCCUUCAAGUAAGAGAGUUUGAAGAAACUGAGCUCUGACCAUACUCUGGUCUUUGGCCGUCUCAGUAGGGACAAGGCCUGCAAACAGUGUUUCCUUUCAAGCUGUUCUGAUAUCUGUUAAUAAUAGCAAGCUGUUGGGAGACUUAUCAGCUAAUUAACCAAGCUGCUAUAAAAAUGCAUUGACUGCUCUAAGGAGUAUUGUCCAUGCCCAGCUGUUGCUUUCAAUAGAUGUAGGUAUCGCACAGAAAGCAGGUGACCAGUGAAAUAAAAAUAUGUGUGUUGACAAGAGGCAUGAGUACUGUACUUUAUCAGUAAAUAGUGUGGACAUUUUAGCAGGGAUUAUUAUUAUAGUCUGUGUUAUAUCCACAUAUUAUUUAUUAUUUAUUGAAUUUACAUCCUGCCCUUCCUCCCAAAGCAGAUCAGAACGGCAAACAGAUACACAAUUUAAAAACAAAGGAAAAAGCAUUCUAUAACAGUCAACAUUCUAAAGGCAGCUACAAUUGAAAACAUCUAAAAGCAGUUACAGUGACAGUUAAUGAUCCUGAGGUUGCCAGGAGCAGUAUUCUUCAGCCACCAAAUGCUUGGGGAGCUUCUGGAUAUGACUUGCCGCCUUGCUAAUACAUUAAAGAAAAAUGGAAUAAAAAAAGGGGACCGAGUUGCUAUUUAUAUGCCAGUGUCCCCAAUGGCAGUGGCUGCCAUGUUGGCUUGUGCCAGAAUUGGUGCUGUUCAUACCGUUGUCUUUGCUGGAUUCAGUGCAGAUUCAUUGGCAGGGAGGAUCAAUGACUCUGAAUGCAAAGCAGUCAUCACCUCUAACCAGGGAGUCAGGGGCGGACGUGUCAUAGAACUGAAGAAGACUGUGGAUGAAGCUGUAAAGAAUUGUCCAAGUGUCAAGUGUGUCUUUGUGACUCAGAGAACUACCAACAAAAUCCACAUGGGCAGUCGUGAUAUUCUCCUUGAAGAAGAGAUGGCUAAGGAGGUGCCAGUUUGUUCCCCUGAAAUAAUGGACAGUGAAGAUAUGCUCUUUAUGCUUUAUACCUCAGGGAGCACAGGAAAACCUAAAGGGAUUGUUCACACCCAAGCUGGCUAUCUCCUUUAUGCUGCCUUAACGCACAAGCAUGUGUUUGACUACAAGCAAGAUGACAUUUUUGGUUGUAUGGCUGAUAUUGGUUGGAUCACGGGACACAGCUAUGUUGUGUAUGGACCACUCUGCAAUGGAAGCACCACAGUUCUGUUUGAAAGCACUCCAGUCUAUCCUAAUCCAGGUCGCUACUGGGAAACUGUUGAAAGGUUAAAAAUUAAUCAAUUUUAUUGUGCUCCCACUGCAUUGCGAUUGCUGCUGAAGCAUGGAGAUGAAUUUGUAAAGCAGUAUGACAGAUCUUCCCUAACUACACUUGGAUCAGUGGGAGAACCCAUAAACCAUGAAGCUUGGCAGUGGUUCUACAAUGUGGUAGGAGAGGGACGCUGUUCUCUUGUGGACACUUGGUGGCAAACAGAAACUGGUGGCAUUUGCAUCGCUCCUCGGCCUUCAGAAAAAGGAGCUGAGAUCAUUCCUGCCAUAGCAAUGCGGCCUUUCUAUGGGAUUACCCCAGUAUUGAUGGAUGAAAAGGGAAAUGUUUUAGAAGGCAAUGAUGUCUCUGGAGCUCUCUGCAUAGCACAGCCUUGGCCAGGUAUAGCAAGGACCAUCUAUGGAGACCACCAGAGAUUUGUAGAAGCUUAUUUCAAAGCUUACCCAGGUUAUUAUUUUACAGGUGAUGGUGCUUAUAGAACUAAAGAAGGCUAUUACCAGAUAACGGGGCGAAUGGAUGAUGUCCUCAACAUCAGUGGGCACAGACUUGGAACUGCAGAGAUUGAAGAUGCUAUGGAUGAACAUCCUGCAGUACCUGAAACAGCAGUAAUUAGUUAUCCGCAUGAUAUCAAAGGGGAAGCUGCAUUUGCUUUCAUAGUUCUCAAAGAUGAGAAAGCACAUCCAGAAACCGUUACCAAAGAGCUAAGGGCAAUGGUUGCCUCCAGGAUAGCCAAGUAUGCUGUGCCUGAUCAUGUUCUGGUAGUGAAGCGCCUUCCUAAAACUCGCUCAGGGAAAAUAAUGAGAAGGUUGCUACGGAAAAUAGUGACAGGCAAUGUCAGCGAUAUGGGAGAUAUCACCACACUGGAUGACUCCAGUGUCAUUGAAGAAAUACUUGAUGCAUAUGAGAAGUACAAAAUUAAGCAUCCUACUUUGUAAUGAGAAGCUGUGGGGAUAUGUUCCAUUAGAAACUCCGAAAAACAAAAGGAACCCUCAAAUACGCACAAGUUUUCAUGGAAUUCUGCUUAAUCAUGUGAGGCUCAGAAGAUUCUCCUUCUGAAAAAUACAUAUACUACAAUACCGUCCGUGUGUAUUUCACUGCACUUUGCCUUUCUUUGAAACUAUGCAGCAUGUAGGUUAGAUCCUGAUAUUUUGGAUAUCCUGCCUAUCUUUUUUAAUACUUUAUUAAAACCACACAGAGUGGGAACUCUAAAGUAGAAAGCAUUAAUUCAACCUUAAAACCAGUGCCUUGGAAAUAUUAAUCACUCUUUGAACUUACUCUUGGGGGAAAUGCUUUCUUCUGAGUACCCCAUGAUAUCUUUCUGGAUGCUGCAUUCAUUAACAGCAGAGGAACAUUAUUCAUUUAAGUAGAAUAAAUUAUUUUUCAUAUUUUGUGAAAGCAAAUUUUAAAUAGGAAUAACUGAAAUAUAAAAUUUUAAUAAGGAUAUAUAUGUUUAUAUGGCUUGAUGAAAAAUGUGUAGAGAAAAAAAGCAUUUCUUCACCUUACAUGGAACUUAAAAUGGCUACAAAACUAUCAUUUCCUAAAAUUAGUAAUCAAACAAAAAUAAAAUUGAAAGGAAUCUUGUUGAAGCUUAUUCCGGGAGUAAAUUUACACGUCCGAACUCAUUGAAAGGGUUUACACAGAACCAAGAAGAAGGGUGGAAGACAAAAAGCCUCAAAGGGGAUUUUUUUUUUUUUAAGGAACCAGAGGGUCUUGGCUGAUAUUAUGGAAAUGCAGUAUUUUAUUGAUCCUGUGACCAAAUAAAUCCAAUUCAAAAAAUCCUGACCUCGGAUAGACACUUGCUGAACAUGGAAGUUCUAUUUUUGAUGCAAUUUGCUUUUACUGGAAGGGAUGCUCAUUUUUCCUUUGAUGAUACAGUCAUAACACCUCUUAGGAUUCCUUUGUAUUCAAAUAAUAUAUUGCCUACUUUUUAUGCCCUUUACAAAUAAAUGUGUUUAUGUUUGUA